AUGGAGGUAAUUAAUUUUCCUCAUGUUCAUGCUGUAAGCCAAUCUAAUUUAUACUAAACUAGAAGCAGAUUGAGGAGAACAAAUCACUAUAGAGAAAACUGUCAAUAGUCCAAAAAAUUAAAAAAUUUAAGAAUCACGGAUACACUAAAAAUCAAUGACUCAACUCCUUUAUUGAAUAUCAACAGUUCAACUAAAUAACUCAAAGCGCAUCAAAUACAUUUACUGAAGCUGGACAUUUUUAAAACCAAAAUAAAUAAAAAGAUUUAGGUUUUGAGAAACUUCGUUUAAUAAAGAAUUGAUUUGAGGAAAUCCUUAAAUUAAGAACAAAGAGAAGAAGAUAUUAGAAAUAUUCAUUUUAUCAAGACUUUCUUUGACAUAACUAAUGAUUAUAAUUAACAUAUACAAUAACAGUAAGAAAAACUCAAGGAUGAUGCAUAAUAUUAUAAGAAAUUAGUACCAUGUCAACGAAAACUUAAAUAAUUAUUAGUAAACUAUGAUAAUGUACAACCAAUCAUCAAACAUCAGGAAAAGCAUUUUGAUAAAUUUGAUUGCCCUUCCCUAGGGAUGUUGAAAAAUUAAAUGAACCAAUAUUCUAAAAUUUAUUUAUUGGAAUUAGAAUAACAAAAAUAAAUCCAAUUUAAAUCAGCUCUAAAUUAAGAACGAAAACUUUUGGAAUAAUACAAUAUUAAAUUUUAAUCUGAAUUAAGAAAAUCCAAAAUUAAAAGCAAUUAAAAUUCUAUAUCCUAAUCUCCACUCACAUUAAAAUAACAAUAAGAUCAUUUGUUCCAAAGCAAUUCAAAAUUACCUACUGAUUGUCCAUUGGAUGUUUAUGUGGCUAGUCUCAAGCAUCACCUUAAUUAAUAUAAAUAAAUUUGUAAAUUCUAGGAUUCUAUUUCUGAUCCUAGAAAAAGGAAAUAAUUUAUAAUUACAAAAAAACCUUUCUACCUAUUUACAAAAUAAGUAGAGGGCGAUAAAAAUCCUAAAAAUUUUAAAGGUUUGAUAACCAACUAUGAUGUUAAGUUAUACGAUUACAUACACAAUAGAAAUAUAUAUACGUUGAAUAAGCAGGUUAAGGAGAUGACCUAGAAAUUUCACACUAUGAUCGAAAGUGAAAAGGAAUAAAAUUUAAAUGAAUAAUUAGAAACGCAUUUAAAUCAAUUAAAAAAUCGAAAAUUGAAAUAUCGUUAGCAUGGAUCUUUGGAAGCUUAAAAAAGAAUACAAACUGAAAAAUAUGCAGAUGAAAUUUCAGAUGAUUAAUCACUUUAAUCCAUUUAUGAAGUGAAUCUUGAUGUUUUAUAUGAUCAAUCAAUCAAUUGA